CAGUAGUACAUUACAACAUCAAGAUGAAGACCGCAUCACUCAUUGCUUUUCUUGCUGCAGUCUGCCUCCUCAUGGCCACAUCAACACAAGGUCGAGCUGUAGUCCGAGGUAAAGGGGGAGAGGCUCUAGAUAGAGCAAAGAGGCAGACAUCUACAAGCGUGGAAAGUACAAGUGACGAAAGUACUAGUGGCGAAACUAGUGACUCGGAUUCAAGUGAAGAGAGUGAAUCCGCCGAGACUACCACUGCAGCUGCAACAACGGCUGCUGCUACAACGGUUGCUGCAACAACGGCUGAUGCAACUACGGCUGCUGCAACAACGGUUGCUGCUACAACGGUUGCUGCAACAACGGCUGAUGCAACUACGGCUGCUGCAACAACGGUUGCUGCUACAACGGUUGCUGCAACAACGGCUGAUGCAACUACGGCUGCUGCAACAACGGUUGCUGCAACAACGGCUGAUGCAACAACGGCUGAUGCAACUACGGCUGCUGCUACAACGGUUGCUACAACUACGGUUGCUGCAACAACGGCUGAUGCAACUACGGCUGCUGCAACAACGGUUGCUGCAACAACGGCUGAUGCAACAACGGCUGAUGCAACUACGGCUGCUGCUACAACGGUUGCUGCAACAACAGCAGUUCCAUGCGCGUGCGCCGUCUAAACAACGAUCUGUAUUAAUCCUGUAGUUAUUUGGGCAACUGUGAUAUCAUAUUCGGUCAGCGAGAUGCUUCCAUUGUUGUUCCCCAUUAAAUUAUUAUGUCUUGUUUUGCUUGAUACACGAUGACGAAAUGAUAUAUCAAAACGCUUGAAAUGCAUGAUGUACCUUCAAUUACAAUUUUUGUUAAAGGGAUACGUUUCGCCUGCUCACUAUAUUCUAUGUAGGCCAAUGCUCCCCUAAAAUAAAAAAGAAGCUUUUUUUUAGAAAGACAUUAAUUUGGAUCAUUAAAUCCCAGAGUA